UAGUUUAGGAUUUAGAGAAAUAAGUGUUUAACCUUCGCGCGUCCGAUUUGGAUUGAGAAAAAUAAGGGUUUUCGCGCGUCCGAUUAUGUCCCAAACCCUCGCGAUCUCACACUCUCUUCCCUCUCUGCCAAUCUUCCUCAAUCCCACGAUCUUGCGCUGCGUAAGACGGAUUAAGCCGUGGGUUUGUUUGCCUGGAGGUCGUUUUGGUGGCGUUGCCGUGUUGCCGUCGUGUUAGCGGCCGUCCACCAUUCGCAGUGGAAGUCCGAUUGCCCAUAAAACGAAAACCCAACCUGACCAGGAACUGAUUGAUUUUGUUUUUCCUUUUUAAAUUUGUCGUAGAUGUCAGAAAUAAAGCCUAUCAUUGGCCUCUCUUGGGAGCCAAACCUACCAGCCUCCUCAUUGGGGAUCAAAACUAAGGCUUGUGACAAUUCUCACAGUCAAGCAGAAAAUAGCCUUGUUUGGAAAAUCAACUCAGAGCUUGUAGAUGGGCUGUUUGUUCCACCAAACAACCCAAAAAAGUUGAAUAAUUUACUGAGAAAGCAAGUCAGUGACACGGCUGGGAGGAGCUGGUUUGACAUGGCAGCACAAACCAUGACCCUUGAAGUGGAAGAAGACUUGCGCUUGUUGAAGCUGAGGAGUGUCAUUGAUCCAAAGAGACACUACAAGAAGGGUGACUCAAAAUCAAAAACACUUCCCAAAUAUUUCCAGGUGGGAACUGUGGUUGAGUCCUCUUUGGACUUCUUUUCGGGUAGAUUAACAAAGAAGGAAAGGAGAGCAACGCUUGCAGACGAAUUGCUAUCUGACCAGGCCCUUACUCAGUACAGGAAACGCGAAGUACAAGAAAUCGAAGAGCAGAAUCGAUCUGCUGGCAACGAUAAGUGGAAAAUAAAGGGACGACAUUCACGAAAACGGUCUAAGAAAAGGAGGAAGUAGUUAAGGUGGCUCAAAAUUUUGACCAGGAAAACCAGAUAAACACAGCGGAUCAAAUGAAGUUAGGUGGGGGGCUGUGUGAUACAAAAGUACGUGAAUUGAUCACGGGUACUUCUGGCUCCAACAUAGUGUAUGUGCUAGGUGAAGUCCAAUAAUACUUUUAAUGUAACUUUGUACUCUGUAGAGUGGGGUGAACAAGAACUAAAGUUUAUCUUUUAUGGCUAUUGAAUUUCUUCCCUGCCAAA